CCACAGAAACCCGCAAAAACAGCAACAGGAACCGUUUCUGAGCCUUAAAAUGGCUUGGAUCAGUCACGUGGUUACAACAACACAAUCGAAUGUUUUAGGCAUGAAAAUGAACAAUUAGGGAUUAAAGAAAUGCUGGUUUUAUGCCGUGGAGAGGAGCGCAAAGGAGUCCACUCCGCGUCUUAUUGGGCGCAUUAAGAGUCGCAGUUUUGGCGCAGAAACAGCCGCAGAGCUCUUAGAGGACAGCGAGGACAAAAAGAUCCGGUUCCGUGUGUUUUCAGGCAGGAUCCGGCUUCUGUUGGCGCUUCCAGCCGCUGUAACCCCGAUCGCAGCGGACCGAACCCCGGGCCGCAGCUCCUGCUCGGUCUGCCCGCUCGCAGCGGCUCCUCAGCGGCCUCCAGCUGCGCACCUGCCCGCUCCGCGGCUCACGUGUCCCGGACUGUCUUCCUCACAUGACCCGGGUGUUUGUCCCCGUGAUCUGCGCCUCCAUCUCCGUCCACCCGAGCCGCUGAAGUUUCCUCCAUCCUGGGAAGGCUGAUGGAGAUGCUGGAGCAGAGCCUGGAGGGCUCGGUGAGUCACGCCAAACAGGAAACAGAAGAAGUGGUGCAGCUGCAGGAAGGCGAAGCUGUCGGGACGGACGGACAGUCGGCCGUCACCAUCACCAGCGUCCCCCAGGCUGCCUUCACGGACCACGGCGUUCAGUACCAGUUCCGCACCGAGAACAACGGCGGACAGGUGACCUAUCGGGUGGUUCAGGUGACCGAGGACCAGCUGGAAGCGACGGCGGAGGCGACCGGCGCCGUCAGCGUCGUCUCCGCCGCUGCGUUCGCCGGAGCUCCUCAAGCUGUGGCUCAGGCGGUUAUCCAGAACUCCUUCAGUAACGGAGGGAGUCCAGCUGGGGACGCCGUUGGAGGAGAAACGCGUUUCGCUUAUUUUCCCGCGGCCGCCGUCAGCGAUGGAACGGCGGUGUCGGUCCAAGGCGCCGACCCGGCCAUCACUCAGGCAGGAGGCCAGUUUUACGUGAUGAUGAGUCCGUCAGAGGUUCUGCAGACGGCGAGUCCUCGCACCAUCGCACCCAGGACGCACACCUACACAACGAAGGUCGAAGGUCCGCGGGCCCCCAGGGACGAGAGGCGGCGAGCUCAGCACAAUGAAGUGGAGAGAAGACGACGAGACAAGAUCAACAACUGGAUCGUCACGCUGUCGAAGCUGAUCCCGGACUGCAGCGUGGACACCAGAACCGGAGCGAGCAAAGGAGGCAUCCUGUCCAAGGCCUGCGACUACAUCCGAGAGCUGCGGCAGAACAACCAGCGGCUGCAGGACGGCUACAAGGAGGUGGAGCGGGUGGAGAUGGACAACGAGCUGCUCAGGCAACAGAUGGAGGAGCUGAAGAACGAGAACGCUCUGCUCCGAGCUCAGCUGCAGCAGCACGGCGUGGAGGUCAACGGGGACGAGACGCCGCAGUGAGCGCCGGACCCCACAGCGUCAACACGUCCCCUUCAUCCCGGUGGACCCGACCCGGAGCGGGGACGGCGCCGCCUCCUGCUCCGACAGCUCUUCACCCGCGCACGGCUCCCAACCUCCUCAUCUCGGCUUCUUCCUGCACUCCGGCCUCCUCGCCUCUGGAGCUACUGGUCGUGACCUGAACGCUGAGCGCCGCAGGACUCACUCUGACCGGGCCGCUGGACUCGGACCGGGCAGAUGAAGGCUUUUAAUUUUAGAUUUUUUUGUUGACGUAGCUCAGGUAACGGGACACGGAGAACCUCUGUAUGAAGUCGGCUUCAGUCCCUGUUGGAUGAAGUGUACAGAAACUGAUCCGAGAUGAUUUUUAGCAUUUCUGCUCUGUCUGCUGGGCAUUAGCUGAUGCUGUGAGCAGAACCUCGCCUUGGGGAACCAGGACCUGCGGGUUUUAGCUCUACGAUCCGGGAUCAGCUCCUCCAACCGUACUGACGACUCGUGAACUUCUGUUUACACUGACAGUCACGGCGGCUUGGACCAGAACCACUGGCAUGACUAAUACUGACACAAUAAAACAGACGUAUUGA